AUGUUAUAUUCGGUUGAAGGUCAUUACUUGUUACUAAUCAUUAUUAUUGUGAAAUGUCAUGUACUGUACAUAAAUGGUGCUUGGCCAAUAUCGAAUUCUUCAAGUAUUCAAUUAUUAGGUCUGUUUCAAGACGAAAUUGGUACAGUUAAUGGUACAAAAUCAUCAAUACAUAGUCGUGCUAUGUUCAAAGCUGCAAUAAUUCUUUCACAAAAAUAUAAUAUACAAAUGAAUGGAGAAUAUAUUGAUGGACAAAUAGCACAAACUGGUGGUACUUCAAUAGGUUCUCUUAGUAAUACAUGUUUAAUACUAUCAAAAUUUAAUAUUGUUGGCAUAGUUGGACCAGCAUUGUCAAGAGAAUCUCAUAUCAUAGCUCAAUACGGUGAAUCCAUUGGCAUUCCUAUAAUAUCAUAUAGUGCAACUGAUCCUGAUUUAUCUAAUCGAUAUGUAUAUCGAAAUUUUUAUCGUACAGUUCCUUCAGAUGACUCUGCUGCAUUAUCAAUUGUACAUUUAUUUCAUCGAUUUAAUUGGACAUCUUGUAUAAUUAUUUAUCAAAAUGAUCAAUUUGGCUCUGGUGGUGUUAAAGCUAUCAACAAUGAAUUUGAUAAAAAUAAUUUAACUAUUACUAAUCAAAUUAUAUUUGAUAUUACAACACUUAAUAUUCAAGGUGAUUUGCAAGAUAUUUUAACAAGUAGUUCAACACGAAUUGUAAUACUUUGGACUGAGAGUAUUUAUAUACCAAGAAUUUUACACUAUGCACUUGAUGAAAAUGUUCUUGGACCACAUUUUACAUGGAUAUUAUCAUCAACUAUUUCAUUUGAAUCUUUCAAUCGAACAUCAUAUUCAAAUUUGAUUGGAUUACUUUCUAUAGAAUCUGUAGCAGGGAAUACUAUUAAUGCACCAAUUAAUACAACAUUAUUAAAUGAAGCAUAUGAAAUUUGGCAACAAUAUGAACCAGAAACAUUUCCUGGAUCAAUUAACGUAGAUUACUACGCACUUUUUGCAUUCGAUGCAACUUGGACAUUAAUUCAAUCAUUACAAAAAAAUUGUUUUCAAUAUAUAAAUCAUUCUUCAUUCUGUAGACCAGUGAUUAAUAUUUCAUUUUGUUAUGAUCGUCGUUUUCCUAAGAAUAAUUCAUUAUUAAAUAUAAUUGAUACUAUGGAAUUUAUAGGUGUUUCAGGUUUUAUUAAAUUUAGUAAGGAUACAACAGACAGAAUUGAUGGAAUUUAUUAUUUAGUUAAAAACGUUCAAUCAUUCGUCAAUGCUCCGAAUUUUGUGCCCAUAUUAAAAUGGUCUCAUACUGAUAAUUGGAAAGAAUAUUCACAAGAUAAUGUUAUUGUAUGGCCUGGUAAUUCAUUAGAAGUUCCUAAUAGUUAUGUUGGACUUUCAGGUGUUACAGUAAGAAUUUGUUUUAUUGAAUCAAAGCCAUUUACAAUGCAAUCAUAUUCGGAAGAAAAUACAACAAAAUUUAUUGGUUACAUACCUGAUUUUGUUGAUAAUUUAAAAAAUAAAAUUAAUUUUAUUCCUCAAAUAAAAUUAUUACCAACGAAUCAAACUUACUAUAAAUCUGUUCAAGAUGUAGCAAAUGGUAUUUGUGAUAUGUUAAUUGGUGAUGUUACUAUUACUGCUAAAAGAAGAGAAAUUGUUGAUUUUUCAACUUCUGUAUUCGAUAAUUCUUUACGUAUUGUUAUUCGUAAAACAAAUUCCGAUAAUGUUGAUCUUUUUGCCUAUUUAAAACCAUUUUCACCUGGUCUAUGGUUGACUAUUUUAGCUGGAACUGUAUAUGCUGGUUUUUUAUUAUGUUUCAUGGAAAGACAUGAAAAUGAAGCAUUAAAAAAUAGAUCAUUAAUAUCUUCAUUAAUUAUGAGCUUAUGGUAUUCUGUUGGUACUAUUAUGGGAUAUGGUGUAGAUUUUGGUGUUCAAACAGCUGCUGGACGAAUGCUAACUGUUGGUUUAUACACAUUAAGUUUAAUAUUAGUAGCAAGUUAUACAGCUAAUUUAGCAUCAUAUUUAACAACAUUAAAACAAAAGGAAUUUAUUUCUGGACUUGAUGAUAUUAAAAGAAAAAAGAUACCUUCUAAUCGUAUUGGACUUGUUCCUGGAUCAUCAAUUGAAGAAUUUUAUUUACGUGAAAUUUCUCAAGGAACUCCAAAUUAUUAUCCAAUAAAGUCGUCAGGGGAUAUAGCAAAUGAUUUACUUAAUAAUCACAUUGAUGCAGCAAUUUGGAAUACACCAUUCCUAGAAUACAUGGCUAAUCAGCUCUAUUGUAAUUUAACUCUUAUUGGACCAGAUUUUAGUAAGAAUACAUAUGGUAUUGCCGUUCCUAAAUAUUGGAUUUAUAAAAAAGAGUUAGAUGUUGCUAUAUUAUCAUUGAGAGAAUCAGGAAUUCUUGAUGAUUUGAAAGAAAAAUGGUUCUCAGGAGCUGCUUGUCCACAACCAAGUUCAUAUGAUGCGUCAACUACUAACUUAAAUAUUGUAGCAAUGAGUGGCUUAUUUGUUACGUUUGCAGUGAUUAGCGUCUUGUCAUUAAUUUUAUUUGCAUGGACCAAACGAUUUCGUAUAAAAGAUUUGCUUUGGUCAUUAUUACACAACAAAGAACAUUCAAUAAACAAACAAAUCGAUGAAGAAAAAUUUCCAAAUGAAAUAAUUGUAUUGAAAAGGCAAAGUACUCCCAGAAAUUCCAGUUACACAACAUUUUUCUGA